AUGGCCUCUAUCAAUGCCGAUGCCUCAGCAGCCAUAGACCUAGUCAAUAGCGCCACCGGAGCCCUACACAACAAAAUGGAAAAGCAACGCGGUCACGAGAUCACAAGCAAAACAAUAAAAGCACCACCAUUCUCCUACGCAUGUCUAGAGCUGAAAACCGAAGCUUUACCAUCCUCAACUGACUUGGAUGAGGUUACCGUGCGCUCAUACAUAACAUCGGCGCUUACCCAAUUCCUCGGCAUCACUGGAUCAGCGAUAUCUGUCGAUAUUUUGAAGAUUGAGGGGGCGGAAUGCUGGGUCAGGGUGCCGCGCCAGGAUCUUAGUCCUUUUAUUGCUGCGGUGGGAGGAUGGACUGGUCUUACUGAAGACGGCAAUGUGGGAUGGAGGAUAAAAGCCAAGGGGAAUUGGUUGAGCUCCCUUGUGACACAAACAGCGGUGGGGAAGGUUUGGUCUGAUUGA